UCCUUUCACAAAAAACUGGAGAAAGCGGACUGCGCGUGCGUAUCCAGACGUGGCAACGGCAUCAUGGCCUCUAGGAACCGCUACGGUAGUCCGGUGAGGGAGGCAAAAAUGUUCAUACUGGUAUUGCUGGUGUGGCUGGCGGCAGUGCUGGAGGCCGUGAAGGUGUCCCCUCUGAUCGAGAAGGUCAGUGAUCACAAAGACUUCAAGAAGCUUCUGAGGACCAGGACCAACGUGCUUGUGCUCUACACCAAAACAGAUUCGUCGGGGGACCCCCAGCUGAAGCUGCUGUCGGACGUGGCGCAGUCGGUGAAGGGCCAGGGGACCAUCGCCUGGGUCAACUGCGGAGAUACAGAAGGUCGCAAACUGUGUAAGAAGGUGAAGGUGGACCCGCACUCGAAGGGUGUUGGGGCUGAGCUGCUGCAUUACAAAGACGGCUCGUUCCACACGGAGUACAACAGGCCGGCCACGUUCAAGUCCAUGGUGGCUUUCCUGAAGGACCCGUCCGGGCCGGCGCUGUGGGAGGAGAACCCAGAGGCUAAAGACAUUGUGCACAUCGAGACGGAGAAAGUAAGUGUGCCUGCAGCCUCUUCAGCCGGUACAAAGCUGGGCACUGGGAGUGUGGUUCUGGAAGGAUGUGCUGAAAGGCCCAGGUGAUGGCCGGUGAUUGGA